AGUCAACCCAACAAACACGCUUGUAAGCUUAUGAUAUUGACACUCAAUCAAGUUUUAUUUUUCUUAUUUUUUCAAUUCUACAUGAAGUGAGAAGACAAAAGUUGAAUGUUGACAUGUGCUAAAUUUUGACUGGGAUGCUGAUACAAUUCUGCUGGUAAAGAAUCUCGUAGUCGCUAAUAUAUGGAGUGGUGAAUGUGAGACGAAAUAAAAAAUAAGUGAAAGGAAAUGAAAAACAUCUAACUGUUACCAACUGCUACAACAGCAAGCAAGAAUAAAGCAAAAGAAAUUCAUGUUCAUCGGUAGGAAAUAUGCGAUGAGUGUUCGAGGCAACAGAAUUCAAACGUUUCACAACAGGACUAUAAACUGUAGACAUUCAAGUAGAAAUUUCUUUCACCGCUUUGCAUCAUAUUCGUUUCAGGCUUUUUCUCUUGUUCCCUACAGGACCCAGUACUUACCAUCAAGAAAUGUCAUAGUUUUCAUUCACAAAAAAAGGUUAUUUACUAAAAUAAGAGAGAAAUCCUUUCAAUCUUUCUCUUGUACUGUUGUUUCGCUCCAAUAUUGAAGACUGGUUAUUCAAUACUGGGUUACCAAUUAUCUUCGUCCGAAUUGGAUCGUUUCGUCUCGUAUUUGCUUUUUUUUUUUUACCUUUAAGCAAGUUUAUACAAACCGCAUUUGCAAUCCAUAACCAUUGGAAUGGUUGGAAAACUAAAUGAGACAGACAUGUAGGACUUCACCAAAAGCAAAACUCAGUCCCAUCUUUACGGAAUGGAUUUAAAGGGGUUAAUACACGAAGGAAAUGACCUUCAUGACGUUAAAAAGAAGCGCCUGAAAGAAAACGAACCCGAAACAACAGACAGUGAUAGGAAAAAACCAAAGAACGUUGCAAUUACAAAACCAGAGUUAAAUGUCUUAAAUAAACCUAUCGUGCAUGAUACAACACGAACAGUUUCAAAUUUUUUACUUCAUUACUUGGUUACUGAGCCUGUUGAAAACAUUGAGAUUGAAGCUAAACUUGGCACAUUGAUAGACGUGGAUUCCCAAAGUCGAUUUGAGUUUCCGGUCCUGAGUGAAACUGUAUUGAAUCCAGAAUUUAAUCUUCGGACGCGGUUUCAAAGUGAUAUGCCUGCUUCUGAGCAUAAACACUUUAAUGAAUUUUUGAACAGUGCUUUUCGAGAAUCCCAAAGACCGGGACGGAUUCCAAUCGCUUAUAAACACGUGAAGCAAGUGGAUUCGUUUUAUGAAUCUGAUUAUAAAGGCCAUGAUAGAAUCCGUGUAACUCGAGACCAGAAAGAUAACAGAGUCCUUGCUUGUGUAAUGAAACGUCGAGUUGCUGAUUUGUAUUUAUACUGUCCUAACGACGCCUUUGACGUCCGAAUCUCCAUCAGUGAUGAAGUUCCUGUUUCUAUGCCAUCCGAAGAAACUCCACCCCUGUUGACUAGGAUUAAAGAUCGUGUUGGGUACCAACAUCAAGACGUUAAAAUUGAUCUUACCAUGACAAUUCAGAAUGACCCGAGGUACGACUCAACAAAACGUCACGAGUUGGAAGUUGAAUUUAGCAACACCAUUGGUUUACGUGAGCGAGCUAUACGUGCCAAAGAAGGUGUCGAUUCAUCUUGGGACAGGAGGGUCCAAUUGUUCCUAGACAAUAUCCGUACACUUCGCUGUGAGAAUUCAUAAAACUCUAGUCUAAUUUUUUUUUAAAAAAAAAACUUUCCUUGCAAUCCCUUGAUCUGCCCAAUCCUUUUUGGAUUGUUUUAAAGAUCAAAUAGCUUGUCUCUCACCUGACAUUCGAAAGGCAGAUUCUUUUAUCCUUUGUCCGCAAUUCAUGUGAAAAUCAGUGUACAGUCCUUUUCAGCUACUCGAUUAUUAUGACAGUUUUUACAAGCUUUCAGUUCAUGGUUCCACUACACGGCCGCAUUGUUCUUCAAUACUUACAUUUCUCCUACAUUAUAUUCGGAUAUUCUUGGUUCUCAGCCUUUUGUUUAUUAAAAUAAUUUAUUCUUGACUUAGCAUGGUUAAUUCAUCUCAUAUAGAUUUAGACUUGUAAUUUAUAAUGAUGAUGGUCACUUCGCUCAUGAUACUAUUAUAUGGAUUCAAGUAAGCAAUGUGCAAAUCGCUAGAAUACUUUACUUUACUUUUAGCUCAUUAAUAAUAAUAACAAAAAGAGAUACUACUGAAAAUAAAAUGUAUAUUACACAAAAAAAGGAAUCAGAC